AGCCAGCCACAACUCAAUCUCCACACACACUUCUCUCCCUGAAAAUAUGUCUCCGCUGCUAUCAUCCAUCUCCGGCGGAGGACCAUUUCCGAUCUUACUUUCUACCACACCAGCAACAACAUCCUUUUCCCGACGCUUUUCGACUUCAUUUGCUUCUCUAGAUUCACCACAACCGAAGUCAAUUUCCUCAAAAACACCUUUCGCCGUUGACUCAUCGUCCAAAUCGUCUGAUAGCAGCUUCAAUUACGCGCUUGCAAACCCUAACGGAAGCGAUCCUGCUUUGCAGUUUGCUAGGUCUACUGAGUCCGACAUUGAAAGGGUGAUAUUUGACUUCCGGUUUUUGGCACUUCUGGCUGUUGCAGGCUCAUUAGCUGGUUCCUUGUUAUGCUUUCUAGAUGGCUGUGUUUAUAUCAUUGAUGCAUACAAAAUCUACUGGACGGGCUGUUUGAAAGGAAAUCUUUCAGGGAAGAUGGUGACUCGUUUAGUUGAAGCAAUAGAUGUUUAUCUUGCUGGGACGGUCAUGCUAAUAUUUGCAAUGGGCUUAUACGGAUUAUUCAUCAGUAAUUCACCUGAUAAUAUACCGCCAGCAGAAGAUCGCGCUCUCAAGAGUUCUUCCUUGUUUGGGAUGUUUGUUUUGAGAGAGCGACCUCAAUGGAUGAAGAUCAGCUCGCUCGAUGAAUUGAAGACGAAAGUUGGACAUGUGAUUGUGAUGAUUCUGUUAGUAAAGAUGUUUGAGAAGAGCAAAAUGGUGACGAUAUCGACUGGUUUGGAUCUGUUAACCUACUCUCUUUGUAUAUUCCUAUCUUCUGCUUCCUUGUACAUUCUUCACAAUCUUCACAAAGAUGAUCAUCAUAAAUAACCAACUUCAUUUAAAUCCAUCCCCCAAAUUAUACUUGUUUGUAACCCUAAGGCAAUUAAUUAUUCAAGCAUUACUACUUGUAUAUAUAAGUUGUAAUCCAUUUUCAUUUAUAGGUUUAUCUGAACAUAUAUAUGCAUAUGGUUAUUUGUACGC